AUGAAAAAGUUAAAAGAAAAAAAAAAGUUUUCCAAAAAGGAUAUUUUAAAGGGGAAUAGUGAAAAAAUAAAAACGUUUUUGAAAAGUAAAAAAAAAAAAAAAAUAAAAGGACUUAAAGAAAAGCUCUUUUCAAAAAAUGCUUCAAAGGAUAGAGCAGGUAUUACGAAGAAGAAAGACAACAAUAGGAGAGGAAAGGAAUGGAAGACGAAAAAGAAGGAGAAGGAGAAGGUGAAGAGAGGGAAGGAACAACAAAAUAGGGAUGAAGAUAAGAACAUUCUUUGUGAGUUCCUCGAAAACGACGGAAAAGGAGGCUGUGUAACGAAUAAUAAUUUACAUGACUUGUUCAUAAAAAAAAAAAAGAUCAAGGAAGGGAGUAAAUCAGCUAUAAAUUGUAAGAACGUAAGUGAUCCUGUUACCCAUUUAGACUAUAGUAACGAAAAUUGUAACGUUAAAAAGAGUGCGUUAGAAAAUGGAGAAGACCGAAAAAGUGAUAAGGACGUUUCAGAGAUGAACUUAGUUAAGUACCAUAAUAGGGGAACAAAAAUAAGUAAUAGUACCAACAACAACAACAACAACAACAGCAGUAGCAGUAGUUACAGCAGUAGCAUAUUUGAGGGACUGUUUUCCGACUUGAGGGAAGUGCUAAGUGAAUGCCUCAUAAAAACUCUAGAGAAAAACAAUUUUACGAAAACAACGAGCAUUCAAAGAACGAGUAUCCCUCUGAUGUUUAAAGAAAAUGAUGUGUUUCUAAAAUGUAUGACCGGUUCAGGCAAAACGCUAUGUUACGCAAUACCUGCUGUUCAGAAGAUUUUAAAUAUGAAAGAAAAGAAUAUAAAAAUUACAAGAGAUAUGGGUACAUUCAUUUUAAUUCUAUCACCAACAAGGGAAUUGGCUGUACAAAUAAAUAGUUUAUUUUAUGUUUUAACGAAACCGUAUCCGUACAUUGUUGUGUCAUGCAUAACAGGUGGAGAAAAAAAAAAAUCGGAAAAAAAUAGGUUAAGAAAAGGAAUAUCUAUUUUAACAUGUACACCUGGGAGAUUAUUAGAUCAUCUGGAGCACACGAAAUCGUUGAAAUUAACUUACUUAAAAAGUGUUAUAUUGGAUGAAGCUGAUAAGAUAAUAUACUUAGGAACACAAGAUAAAAUAAAAUUAAUUUAUGACAUGAUAAAAAAAUUAAAACAUGAAGAAAUUGUUUGCAUGCAAGAAGAAGUGAAAAAUUAUGAUCAAGUCAGGAAAAAUUUUCAAAUGAUUUUUAUAUCAGCAACAUUGAACCGUGCGAUAAAAAGUUUAGCCAACUACUGCUUAACGAAUAAGACGCUUUGGGUGGAGAAGAAAAGUGUAACUCGAGCCAGCUUUUCGGCGUACGGUGCUGAUUUGGAAAGUGGUAAUGCACAGGGGAAUGCUUCCGAGAAUAUGGCUGAUAGUUCCGCAGAUAAUGCUGCUGAUAAUUCUGCGCAAAAUGAUGAUGGGAACACUAAUUUCAUCACAGGGAGCUACCCCCAGAGCGAAAACUUUGGCAGCUAUGAACUUCCGGAACAGUUAAGGCAGCAUUGCAUAUUAUUAGACAUGAAGCAAAAAUUUUGGUGUUUACUUUGCAUGUUGUUGGAGUGCGUGGAAAAGAAGAUGAAGCCGGUGGUAUUCUUGUCGAACCAUAAUAGUGUGGAAUAUUUCCAGAUCCUUUUGAAGAAUAUAUAUUGGCCUACGGAUGUUAAGAAAAAAAAUAUAGAAGUGAAUAAAAGAUUGAAUAAGGAAAUUAAGCCUGUUCUAGAGAAGGAGGACGAGCUAUUAUUAAAGAAGCAUUUAGAGAACUGUGUGUUGAACAAGUAUAAGGAAGUGAAAAGGGACGAUUUCAAAUUACUACCGUACAAAAAUUUGAUUGUCGAUGAUAUAUAUGGAGGAUGUGGUGAUGAGCAGGAUAGAUAUCAUGCCUAUAUAGAUAAUGAUGACGAAGGGGAGCAAAUAUUAUAUAACAUCAACACGGAUAAACAUAAAAGAGUUUAUUUAUUUAAAAAUGUUCCUAUAUAUAUAUUGCACGGUAAUUUAUCAAAAGAAGAUAGACUAGGUAAUUUUAACGACUUUUCAAAAAACGCUAAUGGUAUUUUAUUAUGUACAGAUAUAGCUUCAAGGGGUUUAAAUUUUAACUCGUUAGAUGUUGUUAUACAAUAUGAUAUACCUCAAGUGCUAGAGGAAUAUAUACAUAAAGUUGGUAGAACAGCAAGAUUAAAUAAGGAAGGGUUUUCCUAUUUAUUUUUAUUAUACCAAGAAAAAGAAUUUAUCAAUAUUUUAAAAAAUAAAAAUAUUGUAUUAAAAGAAAUAAAAGGGAAUGAAUUAAUUAAUAAAAUUAAAAAAGAAUAUAUUCCUUCCUUUUUGAAAUCCGUUGGUGGUAAUGUUUUAGAGUUUUUACAAAAUCAUUUCCAAUCCAUUGUUAAAUCGAAUAAUACGCUCAUAGAAAAGUCAACAAGUGCAUACUUGUGUUCAGUUACAUCUUACUAUUCGGUUAGUAAAAAUUUAAGAACAGUAUUUAAUGCAAAGAAUCUACAUCUUGGUCAUCUCGCAUAUACCUUUAUGUUAGAUCAGACACCCAAAGAAAUUUCCAGGUUUAACAAAAAACAUAAUUACUUAAAAGUUAAAAAACACACAGUGCUCAGCAACAAGGAUAAGAGAUUCUUGCGGUCAAAGGGGUUCAAGAAAAAGAAGGCAUGA